UUGGGUUUAAUCUUCUUCUUUUCCUUCAGAACUGUUAAAAUGGCGUCUUGCACUACAGCCUCUAAAUUCUCCAUUUCCAAAUCUAGCCCUAAAGCCCCAACCACCACUAACACCGCCACCGCCGCCAGGUCCGUCCUCUCUCUGUACAAACAGAAGUCAAUAGCCCGUCUCGCUCUUCACUUCUCCUCUAAACCAACCGCUUUCUCCAUCUCUUGCUCCCAGCAUCAAUCGCCUCCCUCUUCCUCCCCUCCUCCUCGCCGCCGCCGUCGGCCGGAGUACAUUCCUAAUCGCAUCGAUGACCCUUUAUAUGUCCGCAUCUUUGACACAACACUCCGUGAUGGAGAGCAGUCCCCGGGCGCCACUCUCACUGCCAAGGAGAAGAUCGACAUUGCCCGCCAGCUUGCCAAGCUUGGCGUGGACAUCAUUGAAGCCGGAUUCCCUGCCGCAUCUCGGGAGGACUUUGAGGCGGUGAAGAUGAUUGCGCAUGAAGUUGGCAACGCCGUGGACGAGGAUGGGUAUGUCCCUGUGAUUUGCGGGUUAUCGAGGUGCAAUGAGAAGGACAUCAAGGCUUCUUGGGAUGCUGUGAAGUACGCGAAGCGGCCUAGAAUACACACGUUUAUAGCUACUAGCGACAUACACAUGGAGUACAAGUUGAGGAAGACGAAGGAGGAGGUGAUUGAAAUUGCGAGGAGGAUGGUGAAGUUCGCUAGGAGCAUGGGCUGUGACGAUGUGGAGUUUAGUCCAGAAGAUGCCGGUAGAUCAGAGAGGGAAUUUCUCUAUGAGAUCCUGGGUGAAGUAAUAAAAGCAGGGGCAACAACUCUCAACAUCCCUGAUACGGUUGGUAUAACAAUUCCAAGCGAAUUUGCGCAGUUGAUUGCUGAUAUUAAAGCAAACACACCAGGAGUUGAGAAUGUUAUUAUCUCUACACAUUGCCAGAAUGAUCUCGGACUUUCUACCGCCAAUACUCUAGCUGGGGCAUCUGCAGGGGCAAGACAAUUGGAAUGCACAAUCAAUGGAAUUGGUGAAAGAGCUGGAAAUGCGUCUUUGGAAGAGGUUGUGAUGGCAAUAAAUUGUCGCGGAGAGCAUGUUUUGGGGGGACUUUAUACCGGAAUCAAUACAAGGCAUAUCACUAUGGCAAGCAAGAUGGUAGAAGAUUACACAGGAUUGCAUUUACAGCCACACAAGGCUAUUGUUGGAGCAAAUGCUUUUGCUCACGAAAGCGGUAUCCAUCAAGACGGAAUGCUGAAGCACAAAGGUACUUAUGAAAUUAUAUCUCCUGAAGAUAUUGGGCUUGAAAGAUCCAAUGAAGCUGGUAUUGUCCUUGGAAAACUUAGUGGACGCCAUGCUUUGAGAGAUCGCUUGAAGGAGCUUGGUUAUGAGAUAGAUGAUGAGAAACUUGGUAAUAUCUUUUGGCGUUUCAAAGCAGUUGCUGAACAGAAGAAGAGAGUCACUGAUGCUGACUUAAUAGCAUUGAUAUCAGAUGAAGUGUUUCAGCCAGAAGUUGUUUGGAAGCUUCUUGAGGUGCAGGUUACAUGUGGAACUCUUGGUCUCUCUACAGCAACCGUUAAACUCAUUCACGCUAAUGGGGAAGAGCGUGUUGCUUGUUCUGUGGGAACUGGGCCAGUAGAUUCAGCUUACAAGGCUGUUGACAUCAUUGUGAAGGAGCCUGUAACACUUCUUGAGUAUUCCAUGAAUGCUGUUACAGAAGGCAUUGAUGCAAUAGUCACCACCCGCGUUCUAAUUCGCAGAGACAACCAGCAAACAUCUACUCAUGCUUUAACUAGUGAAGAAGUUCAGCGAACAUUUAGCGGAACUGGGGCUGGAAUGGACAUUGUUGUUUCAAGUGUCAAGGCAUACAUCGGUGCAUUAAACAAGAUGUUAGCUUUCAAGGACAAGUUGCCAAUACAAGUCUCUGUAGAAAGAGCUUCUGUUCCCGCUUAAAAUAUAAGCUUUACACAGUUAUGUUGUGGCCUGUGUCGUUGAAACUAGGUUGAGAGUUUAUGCUGGGGGCUUUAAUGUAUGAGUUUCUGGACCUGUCCAAAGGAUGAAGACAGUAAUAUUCUGUCUUUGGUUCUGAUUAGUGUGAAUUUUUCCAUUUGUGAUUUAUAUGCAGGACGGUUUUUUGUUUCCCAAAGACGUUUCUCAAUACUGAUACAACAAAUUUCAAAUCUUGCAGGAGCUGUUGUCGAAGAAAGAGCCUCUGCAAAGAAGAUAUAGUCUUAUUUGCUCCAAUUCGGGGAGGUAAAAAAUUUUACUUUGUUUAUUUCUAGACUCCCAAAUUCCUGAAAGGAUCGACUGCGCCUCCGUAGGGGCAGAGUCCUAUGCAUAUGUGAAGUUAAGCUUGACUCGUUAUUACUUAUUAGUCUAUUAUUUUGCUAGCAUGGCACAUUGUAACUUCAAAUUAUCUUAGCAGACCAGUGAAGCAUGUUUUCAUAUAUUAUCUGGGUUUUUGUCA